ACCUAAUAACAGAAUGCUCCUUUUCCGAAAGGGAUUAAUUGUUUUCUAAACACUUCCAAACGCAAACAAUUAACUAUAUAUUAUAUAUUAAUAAACACGGCCAUUUGUAACCCUUACAGAGAAUCAAGCAAUCCUACAAGCACUAAAAGUAGGAAGCCACCUCCGUCGUUCCGCGCCGUCUCCUCCGGUAAUUGGCUAUUCCGCUACGCUGCAUCUCUCGGCGACUAUCACCCGCGUGUAGCCGCCUUGCGGCAUUAUAACUUGCUCCUCAUGCCGCCUCCUCACCACCGGAACUCUUUCUUGGCAAUCUGCACACUGCGAAGAAGACCAACGCCGCGCUUUGUGGUACCUAGAGCCUUUUUGUUAGAUUCGAUAUUCGUCGUCGCCGCCAACAACAACAACAAUAUGUUUGUCUCUACUCAGCAGGAGGCGGCUAUUAAGCGGAACCCGCACCCGGACUUUAAGAAAGUCGAGGCGUCGCGCCCGGACUGGGAUAAGGAGUCUCAGCUCCGGUAUACCAAGACCGCCGCCCCCGACUGGCGUGUCGGCUCCGGCGCUAAUAGCCAGCGCGCGGCAGAGGCGGAUGAAAAGAAACACGUGUGCAUCGACCCGUACGAGGCGGGGCGCCCCCUCACCUUCAACUACAAGCUGCUGAUCAGCGGCAUCGUGCCGCGGCCCGUCGGGUUCGUGUCGUCGCAAGCCGCGGACGGCAGCGCGCGCAACCUCGCGCCGUUCUCGUACUUCAACGUGGUGAGCAACGACCCGCCGCUGUUCGCGCUCGGGGUGGCGGCGACGCUGGCCGCGCCCAAGGACACGCUGCGCAACAUCCUCGACAGCCGCGAGUGCGUCGUCAGCAUCAUCGGCGAGGACUUCCUCGAGGCGGCGAACGCGACGAGCGUGGACGCGCCGUACGGCACCAGCGAGUGGGACGUCAGCGGCCUGACGCCGGCGCACGACACGCGCGACGUCAAGGCCCCGCGGGUGAGGGAGGCCGUGUUCAGCGUCGAGUGCAAGCUCGAGAGCGUGCGCGAGUUCGAGAGCAGGGCUACGCCGGGCAAGAAGACGGGGUGUCUGGUGCUGCUCGAGGGCACGCGGUUCUGGGUCCGCGAGGACGCGCUUAACGAGGAGCGGAGCUUGAUCGAUCCCGCGGUGCUUAUGCCGGUGAGCCGGCUGGGGGGGAUCACGUAUGCCCGUGUUAAGGAGGCGGUGGAGAUCGAGAGGCCGAGGUUUAGGGAGGAUUUUGGUGGGGCGGAGGGGUUGGAGAAGUUGAAGGGGAAGGGGAAGGGGAAGGGGAAGGGGAAGGGGAAGGGGAAGGGGGAGGGGGAGGGGGAGGGGGAGGAGGAUAAGUCUACGUAG